AUGGCAUCCAUCCUAUCUGCACAUGAAAUCGGGGAAGGACUUCCCAUUCUGAUCAUUCAUGGAUGGGAAAUGAAUGGGAGAGUCGAAGAACGAGACUUUGAGCCCAUCUUCGACAAAAUACCGGGCCUUUGCCGGAUUUUCGUGGAUCUUCCAGGCAUGGGCACGACACCGGCGAAUAACAUCAAGAAUUUGGACGAUAUAUUCGAUCAUCUGGUGCAAUUCAUCGAUUCUCGCCUUGCGGGUUCACGAUUCCUCCUUAUCGGCUCAUCAUGCGGCGCUUACCUUGCACGGGCGAUAGCUCAGAAAUAUACGAACCACGUCGACGGUCUACUCUUACGAGUGCCGCUCAUCAAGCCGAAGAACAGCAUGCGCGAUCUCGACCCUUUCAAACCAUUGGUUGCAAACGAGCAACUCAUGUCGAGCCUUUUAAGCGAAGACAGGACACUCCUUGGGAACGUCCUCAUUCAAACACCUGCUUACGUCGAAGCUCUCAAAGCAAAAUACGAGGCGGUUUAUCGUCCAGCUGAGGAAGCCGCAGACAAUCAAGUGUCGGAUCCGAUUCGUGCAGAUCCAGAUCGAUAUCGCUUAUCGGCUGAGCGGAUCGAUGAGAAUGCCACGUUUCUUGCCCCCACACUUAUUGUGUGUGGUCGGCAAGAUGAGGUCGUAGGCUAUCGAGAUAGUAUUCGCUUGUUGGAGCUUUAUCCUCGAUCUACCUAUGCCGUUCUAGAUCGUGGUACGCAUGGGCUUCCUGUUGAUGAGACUGGUCUUUUUGAAGCUUUUGUUCGUGAUUGGGUUACUCGGGUGGAUGAGUGGCGUGGUCGCACGCACGAAUAG